GGAGGUCGGAGCUGCAACAUGUGAUACGGCCAACGCCGACCACGGUCGCUGCGUCCCCCUGGUCAGCUGAAGUCUGGCCGACGCAGCGCCAUGUUGAGCCCCAAGAUGCAGCGGACGGUCCGCGUCAACGAUAUACAGCUGAUCAUGCUGUCGGAGCGCGCCAGCUACGACCAUUCUGUCAAGGGUUAUCUGCACAAGAAGACAGCUGACAGCACCAAGUGGCAGCUUCGCUACUUCGUCCUCUAUCAGAACAUUCUUUUCUACUACGAUACAGAGUCCUGCAGUCGUCCUUCCGGAGUGGUCCUUCUAGAAGGAUGCUACUGCGAAAGACUGAUCGCUUCAGGAACUGGCAGUAAAAAUAAGGACCUAUCUGAGAAUAAGUACUGCUUCGCCAUCUCGUAUCGUAGAGAAAACCAGCGACAGUAUGAGCUGCGGGCGGCUACAGAGAGCGACUGUAAGAUGUGGAUAGAGGCUAUACGAGAGGCUAGCUUCAACAAACUGUUGCUCCAAAAAGAAGAACUGGAGCAAAAACAUCUUCACUUGCUUCAGAUUGUGGAAAGCGAAAAGACAGCAAAGUGGCAGUACACUCAGCAGUGCGAGGAGCUGGCCUCUGAGAUCAAGAAACUUAGAGCUGAGUUGUGCGCCCUCAAGAAGGAGUGGAGGCCGGUACCGUCGUCCUACAGCAGUAGCAGCAAUGUGGCUGCGGCGACUGCUAGUGGCACCAGCGGGGCGGCACCCAUCUCUGCGGCUACGGCACAAGAGACACUGGAGCUACGCAAGAUCAAGAAGGUCCAGAGCUUCUUUCGAGGCUGGCUGUGCCGACGUCGGUGGAAGCAGAUCGUAGAGCAGUACAUCAAGAGUCCCCACGCGGAGAGUAUGCGCAAACGAAACAGCUUGGUGUUCCGCAUGGUGGAAGCAGAAGAAGAGUAUAUGGAGCAGAUGGAGGUGUUAGUCUCGUGUUUCCUGCGACCAUUCAAGAUGGCCGCCUCCAGUAAGAAGCCUCCGUGUUCUCACGAGGACGUGAACUCCAUCUUCCUCAACAGCGAGACUGUUUUGUUCCUACACCAGAUAUUCCUCAAGGGUCUCACGUCGAGAAUGGAGAGCUGGCCUACUCUUGUACUCGGUGACCUGUUUGACAUGCUGCUGCCGAUGCUGAGCAUCUACCAGGAGUAUGUACGCAAUCACCACUAUAGUCUGCAGGUGCUUACGGAAUGUAAACAGUCGCCACAGUUUGCAGCAUUGUUGGCCAGACUGGAGAAUAAACCUGCCUGUCAGGGAAGAUCUCUGGAGACAUUCCUCACCUACCCGAUGCAUCAGGUGCCCAGAUAUAUAAUCACGUUGCACGAACUGCUCGCUCACACUCCUCACGAUCAUGUUGAACGGAAGAGUUUGCAAAACGCUCGUCAGCAACUUGAGGACCUUUCUCGUCAAAUGCAUGACGAGGUUAGUGAAACGGAAAACUUGAGAAAAAACUUGGCUGUAGAAAGAAUGAUCGUAGAAGGCUGUGACAUCCUGCUAGAUGUCAACCAAGUUUUUGUCCGCCAAGGAAGCCUGAUACAGAUUCCCACUGACAAAUGUAAAUCCCAGCGAAGCCGCUUCGGAAUUAAGUCUGAGAAAGAAGCUCUUCGCCAAUGUUUUUUGUUCUCCAAUCACCUUAUUAUUGCUACAAGGACCUCCGGGGGCAGGCUGCACCUGGUCACAGACGUAGGCAAGAUCCCACUCGCAGACGCCAUCCUCAUCGAAGAUCCUAACGAUCAUGGUGUGAACGAUGAUGAUGACUGCUCAAUGUCCAGCCAUUCCAGUAGCCAUAGUGAAACCUCCAGCACAGGAUGCAAUUUUCAAAACAGAGACUUCAAAAUUAUUUUAGACAUCAAAAGUGGUAACCAGUCGCAAGUGUCUGUUCAUUUGGUGGCGCAUACCCUGCAGGAGAAGGCUGCAUGGGUCAGUGACAUUAGCCAGUGCAUGGACAAUGUACACUUCAACGACCUUCUCCACAGUAGUAUGUCCGAUACCUCCUCCGUAACAAUGCCUCAAUCGAUCAAGAACGACCCGAAACUCUUCAAAGACGAUGUUGACAUUCGAUUCAGCAGAACUCUAAAUUCCUGUAAAGUUCCACAGAUAAGAUACGCCACCCCAGAUAGACUUCUCGAGCGCUUGACAGACUUGCGUUUUUUAUCCAUCGAUUUCCUAAACACGUUCCUGCUCACUUACCGAGUGUUCACGGACAGUGUGAAGGUUCUGGAGGCUCUCAAGAAGGUGUUUUACAACUCAGACCCUCCUGAAGCUCAGACAUAUCCUCCAGGAUCAUUCAUGGAUGAGCUGACAUCAUCGCUACAGCUUUACGACCCAGAGCGGCGUCGGAGCAGCUUCUCCCCUCGUCGCUUUAGCGGAGCGAGCUCGGUCUCGGGUUACGGAUCCGAGAUGUCAGACAGUCGAGAUCGAAGUCACAGCUACGACUCCCAGGCUAUGUUCCCACCCAAGUCACAACGACGAUGCAGCUUUAGAAACAUUGAGGAGGAGCAGCUCACAAUGCCGAAGAUUGUGAAAGACCCGGCAGCCUCGCUUAGUCCUCGACGCAAAGUCAGCAUCCGAGUAGAGGAAGUUGACACCAACACUAAUACUUCUCUGCUAACCAUCCCUUCUACCAUUGCUGGCAGCUCCAGCUCCGAGACUCUCACUGACCAGACGGUGAUUAGUGCUCCAUCAUCUCCCAGCAACCAAUCGACAGCCACUCUCGUACCUUCCUCAGGCUCUGACUCCAGCCAGGACCACGCCAAGGACCAGCAGCUCCCUUCGUCACCUCCCACCACCGACCCCUCGGACCUUCCCUCUAGUCCCAGGGUGACCUCCCCUAAGUCUACGUCACCAUCAAGGACAUCACCCUCCAGAGUCACUUCCCCGUCCAAGACACCUCCGGGGCCUGACGGAGUACCCAAGGAAGCAGAAAGCCGACACGGCCGUAAGAGGUCCAGUUUUGAGAGCAGCCAUCGCAAAAGCAGCACUGUAGGGUUGUCUGAGGACCGAGCUGAUUGGCCAGAUGACGGAGAGAUUCACGGACCUCUACCGUACAGUACUACCUCAUCUCGCUCAGCGUCCAUCGUGAUGCAGAACUACUACAGCGCCCGGCGAUCUCUCGUGUCAAACGCAGACGGAGAAGGCAUCGGAAGUGUUUCACAACGAACGAGUUUUCAGCACGACUCUCCACAACAUUCCAGCAAAGCAGGGGUCGUCAUCACGUCUUUCCGUCAAUCCCAGCGGAGCUUCAGACAUGAGCCGUUGUGGAGCAGCACGUCAACAGCGGCCACAGCGUUUGCGAUUGCAACCUGCGGCAGCAGCAACCCUCGUGACCUGUCGCCUGUAACCAAAGCCCGAGACACUGGACAACGAGGCGGUAGUUGUCGCGACCGUGAACGCAACCGCCGCAAGGAGAGUGUAAUGAGCACCGCUGCGACCAUGCGAGUCCUCAACGUAUUGAGACAUUGGGUUUCCAAACACUCUCAGGACUUUGAGCAAGACAGCCGAUUGAAGAACCUGACGAUCGAGUUUCUAGACGACAUCAUGUACAGUCCCAACCUGUUGCCAGCGGAACACAAGGCAGCAUCUCAGCUGUUACGACUCAUUACCAAGGACGAUCCUGAGAGCUCCAAGGUCGACCUGGACUUGCUGCUGGCUCCUCCGGUGACUCCAAGUAAGGAAAGCAUUGAAACUCUCUCUGCGUUGGAAAUAGCUGAACAAAUGACGUAUUUGGAUCAUCAGAUAUUUGUGGCUAUUAGAAGCGAGGAGUUCCUCGGCCAAGCUUGGAUGAAGACUGACAAAGCAACCAAAGCUCCUCAUAUCAUUCUGAUGACCAGACGCUUCAAUGAGGUAUCCCAGCUGGUAGUGUCUGAGAUUGUCCGAAGAUCCAACAUCAACGCUCGUAUCAACGCUAUUGAGAAGUGGGCCGCAGUCGCGGAUAUAUCACGGUGCCUCCACAACUUUAACGGAGUGUUGCAGAUCUGCGCAGCCUUCACCAACAGUUCUGUGUUCCGGCUGAAGAAGACUUGGGAGAAAGUCUCUAAAACUACAAAACAGACAAUUGAGAAGUUGCAGAACAUAGUUUCCUCCGACGGGCGUUUCCGCAACCUUCGCGAUGCUCUUCACCGUUGCGAUCCUCCCUCCAUACCCUACCUGGGCAUGUACCUCACCGACCUCUCCUUCAUUGAGGAGGGAACCCCCAACUUCACUGAAGAUGGUCUACUCAACUUCUCUAAGAUGAGAAUGAUCGCACACGUUAUCAGAGAGAUAAAACACUACCAACAGACUCCGUACAAGAUUGAGCUGAUCACCAAAGUCACCAACUACCUGCUCGACCCUUCGCUACUGCUGGACGACGACGAGCUGUACAGAAUGUCGCUGGAGAUUGAACCACGAACGUCACGACUCAGCGUAGCCAACAUCGCUACUACCAUGCCUACACCGCCCCCCAGGCCUUGAGACAACGCCUCCUUUAAAAGGUUCAAGUUCAAAGUGUAAAGCUAAGCUUCAGGAAGAGAUGUUGUUGUUGGAGUUGUCAAAUGUUUAUUUGUUUAGAACGGUUUAGUAUAUUUUUAUAGCGUAGAAAAAGGGCUGCUGUAGAUUCUCUUCUGAAGCGGCAAAUUUAGUCUAUUCAACAUAGUAAGCUAGUUUCACAGAUAAUUGCAAAUUGUAAAUUGGAGCACAAUCAAUUGUUAGAUCUCCUAGGAUCGUAGAGUAGCUGUAUUAUACGGUAGCUGUUAAACAAUCAUUGAAAUUGUUCAAGUUUUUGCGAGUAAAGUUCACACACAGAUAUUGUUAGUGUUGAGAAAAUCAAUUGCGCAAAGACGUAGGUUAUAUUGUUAGCAAAUUUGUUUGUACACAAACAAGCAUUUUACUUGUGUUAAAAAGAUUAUUUAAAAACAAAUUUUUUGGUAAUAUUGACAAUAUUUAUAACCUGAAUGUAACCUUAAGUCAAAAAGUUAAAGAAACCGUAUUUCCUCUUGUUUCAAACAAUCUUUUCAGUACAACACACUUCUAAUCUGAAAUCACUUAGAAAAGUUGUUUAAACUGCUGAUACCAUAAAAACUUCUUUAAUUCCAAUUGAACAAAACCAUUUCUUUUACACUUUUUAUGAUAAUUUUCUCAGUUGAGUAGAUCCAGUGCUCGAUUUGCAGGGGAAAGCGGUGGAACGGUGUUCCGGUACCUCUCUUUUGAAAAGAUAAAAUUAGUGGCAUAAAUAGGUACUAAUCACAUUAAAUAGGUUCCAGUUCCGGCAAAUCACAGCAAAUCAAGCACUUAUUAGUAGAUCUCAAAUAAACUAAGUGAUGUGAAUAUUUUUUAAUUAUUUACACACGAUAUCUGAAUGAAUAUUCCCAACUAACUGAAACUGCAUAUUUCCAUCCAUACCAUUUUACAUAAAAAGCAUCCUUAAUAAAUCUGGAUUAUUUUCAAUUUUAGCAAAUUUCCUUAAGUGUUUACCGAAGGUGUUGUGAAGAAGACAAUUUGUUGGAAUUGUAACUGUGUUGCUCUUCUUCCAUAAACAAUGUAGGUAUAAGUUUAAAAAUCGAUAAAAACUCACAAAACUAUACUCUUUAGCCUUAUUUUCAACUCAACAGUGUUUUAAAACAUUUUCACUUCAAUGGUUUUAACAAAAUAAAUCAUACUUUCUUAAUGCCUUGAUUUAGUUCAUACUGUCAUUUCAGAAGUGAUUAUAGUUUUGAAAACUUUAUUUUAUUGUAUAGGUUUCAAUCUGGAAAGUAACAAUGUCACUUUGGUCUAAUAACAACUACGGUAAAAACUUCUUCCCUGGGGAAAUUUACUAAAAUACACAAUAUUCCUCUAAAUAAGCAAACAAAGUUAUUAUCUUCAGAUCUCAAUAUUGCUGUGAUGUCUGUGUGUUUAUCUUUACUCAAUAUUUAGAAUUAUAAUGGACUUUCUCAGAAAUCUCAUCUAAGUAGUGAGUAGUAACUUUAGACAUUUAAAAAUAAUCUGAGAAAACAAAUACAGUAUCCCUGGUAUAAGCUUUUGACUGCCAUUUUAAAAUAUUGUCUAAGCUUAUAUUCUAGAUCACAUAUCUAUAGACUUUAUUUUCAAGCAAUUUAAGACAUAUAAUUUCGACUGUGAUAAUGAAAUCUGAUUGAUCUCCUUAGUUUUUACAAAUGAGUUACUUUAGUUGUGUAUCAAGUAAUUUAAACUGUGUUUGUACCUACCUAAAAAAACCUCGUUUAGUACUCUUAGUUAUUUGUUUUGUGGAAAAUGUUUUAAGUCACAAUGAUAAUAAUUGUGAUUUUCUAAAAUUAUUUUUUAUUCAUACUUUAAGAUUGUUUUCUUUAUUUUCCUUUGUACAGCGAUCCAUUUAUACAGACAUUUAAAAAAGAAGAUUUGUUAAGUCUGUUGCAUACCGAUUAUAUUUUUCAUCUUAAGUAUUGGUAUUUAUAAUGUUUUUUCUUUGAAAUACUAAUUUGUCUCUAAUCAGCAAUACACUCGUUCUGACCUUUUAAAUCAGUUUAAUCUUACAAGACUGUCCACUUAUUAUACUGCCUGAUAUGUAAAAGCUUUAAUGAUUAUUCCAUAUAAUUUCCUAUCGGGCUAAGAUUGUUUUCACUUUAAGUGUCAAAACACACUCAGGUAAUUAACUUGUUGUUCAAAUCAGUUAAAUAAAAGUAUACAAAUAAUUAUUCCAACUGGUUUAGGUUUUAUCUACUUUCGUUUUAGUUUUGAAUUUAUGGUUUUAAUUGUUACUUGAUAUAGGUGAUGAGGAUGUUUUUACCUGAAUUAACCUAAGGCACACUUGAUUGUAGUAUUUACACUGUUAAAUUGCAGAAGUUUUUUUAGUGGUGAGUUAGUGGGGGAAGCUCUUUAAAAAAAUACAUAUUUCUAGCUUCAUAUUCAAUAAGGGAGAAUAUUGCAAUCUUACAGCAUUUCUCUGAUUGAAAUUUAAUUUUACAUCAAAUAUAGAAA